AGAGAGCGAGCUGGAUCCAAUGCAGAAAGAGAGUGCAGAUCCAAGGAUGCCAGAGCCCAGUGAAGGAAACCUUGGCAGACCUGAAGGCCACAGGACAAGUCCCCUAAACAAUGGGGUUCUUGAGAAGUUUGCCCAAAAUAUGACCGAGAACAUAAUCCAGUCGUUUUUAGGCCAAAUGGAAAUGGUGGAACCUGAAGUGGUGUCCAAUAAUCAAAACCAGGAGAUGUUAGCUGAAGAGUUAGCCUCAGCUGUGGUUAAAGAAGCUCUGAGGGAAGCUGGUUUUAUGCUCAAGAGUUUUCAAUCAGAGGGGAUGGAAAUGGAUGGCGGACAGGCCAAAAGUUCUGAUGAGUCUGAGAGCGAGCCCUGCAAUCCAUCUUUGUCCAAGUCAGGGCUCCCCGUUUUGGGAUCCGUCGACUACCCCGACGCCCCUCCGACUACACCCCUCCUCCCAGAGCUCGAAAGAAGCAGAUACAGUUUUGCCAAGAAGCUCAAAGGGGGCUUGGCAAAGGUUUUCCUGCCGUCGCCUCCACCGCCGACCCCCAAGGAUGAAAUAGACAGCGCCAGCGACCCCAGAGUGGAGUUGAUGGAGCAUCUGAUGCACUCGCUGUCCAGCGAUGACGUAGGACGAGGACAUUUUGACGCAGAGGCAAACCAUGGAACCACAGUGGGAGCUUUUGCGGAGGCUCUUUCGUACGACAUCAUGGACUCAGUCUUACGUUCCAAUAAUGGAGAUCUGAUCCAUGAGAGUCGUGAUCUUCAUGAACUGGCCGACAAACUGGCUGAAACCAUCAUCACGUCUUCGCUUGAUGAAGCUAAAAUAAUGGUCUAGAGUGUUGUUAAGAUUUAUCAACCAUGAAGCCGCCUCUUUCCUGUGAUGUCAUGCUCAGAGUGAGAGGUCAGAUGCUGUCACUGUGGCUUGCUCCUGUGUUUUAGGGUUAAUAGUACAAAUUUAAGCUUUCUUGGAAUUUCCAUCAAUUAACUGCGUAGAGAUAUAUCAGCAACUGAAACAAAAUCCAGAGGAAAACCAAAAUCAUAUCACAAGAAAAUGAUAUCAUUGGUAAGCUAAUGUUAGCAUAUGGUUUGAACUGGAUACAACAAAAUAUUUGGUAAGCUAACUUUAGCAUAAAGUCACUUUCUGGAUUAAAAAUAGCAUAAUAAGGCAACAUUUAACAGUAAUCUCUUUGCUGAAACUACAUAUUUGGCAAGCUAACAUUAGCAUACAACACUUAUAUGACUAGACAACAUACUUGAUAAACCUACAUUUGAAUACAGUCACUUCUUUGGUAUAACAACGUUAAUAUUAAGCUAAUACCCACAUAUCAAAAUUGGUCUGAUAGGUCUGGACCAGAUCUGGCGUCAAGCCGGCACUGCUGGCUGACUGCUGGCAUGACAAGUGGUAUGUCAACCGGAUGUGGACCAGGUCUGGCAAUGAUGGCCCGAUUGUGGCUUGGUUUAUGUGGCCUAGAUCUGUACAUGCCGCACCUGGGUCGAUUAAGGUUGCGCUUGUGAUUAAGCUGGCCCAUGUGUGGGCCGUCUCUGGCAAACUAUAUCUGGGCCACUUAAGGGCCGUCAUUCUUUGCAGUAUGUUGGCCGAGUCUAAGUGUAUUGUGGGCCAGAACCGGGCCAGACCAAUUUUGCUAUGUGGGUAAUAGCAUACGGUUAAUUUCUUGUCAAAACAACAUAUAUGUUGAGCUAAAAUUUGCAUACAGUCACUUCUUAGAUGAAGCA